UCCAGAAAACUGCUCAACCAUGACAAAUCCCAUCAAUUUUACUACCGGCGACAAAGUUGAAGUCAUCAAAACCAACUCAACAAAUUCUACUGUCUCAUUUUACCCAGCAACAAUUAUUCUCCAAGAAAUCAGCCAACCCAACAAACGAAAGAAAAGAAAGAAGAUUAACAAACACAAUUAUGGUGAUUAUGACGAUGAUAAUGAUGAAUUUGAAGAAGAAGAUGUUGUUACGGUGCAGUAUCAAACACAAUUGAAUGACAUUGUUUCGUACGUAGACCGCGGCGAUAUUCGACCUUUGCCACCUGAAAGCGGCGUUUCCGGUGGUGGGGAGUUGAUGGGGUUUGGAGUGGGGGAUAAUGUGGAUGUUUGGCGUGGUGGGUGUUGGAUGAAAGGUAGGAUUUUUGGAGUUUUGUAUGAGGGUAUGAGUUAUUUGGUGGAAAUUGAAGGUAAUUUUGAUGUUCCUAUUGAGGUUAGAAGGUCUUGUUUGAGGGUUCAUCGAGAUUGGUGUAAUGGGUCUUGGAUUCCUCCUCUUCAUUUUCAGAAAGACUUAAUCAAGAUGAAAAGUGAUACUAUUUCUAAGCCAGAGAGAGUUGCUGCAGGCAGAACCGAUGUCAAUGGCAAGCGAGUGAAGAUCGUCUUUAGACGUGACAAAACACCAAUGCAGGUGAAGUUUAGCCCUGGGACAGUUGUUGAGGUUAGAAGUGAUGAGGAUGGAUAUGAAGGUGCUUGGUACGGUGCUAUUGUUGUUGGCUCAGCUAGAGUUGACAAGUUUGUAGUGGAAUACCAGACCCUUAAGACUGAGGAUGAGAAGGAGUUUCUCAAAGAAGUUGCAAAUGAACAGGAUAUCAGGCCUUGCCCCCCGGAAAUUCCUCAAAGUAAUAGAUACAAGGCGUUUGAAGAAGUAGAUGCUUGGUAUAAUGAUGGAUGGUGGGAAUGUGUGAUUUAUGAGGUUCUUGAUGACUGGAAAUACAUUGUCUAUUUUGCUUCAACAACUGAGAAGUUAAUCUAUCAUCAUCCCAACCUGAGACCUCGCCAGAAUUGGGUUGAUGGUAAAUGGGUUCCAGCUUUUCUGAAAUCAAGAAAGGAAAAGAAGAUAGAUGCGGAAAAUCCACUGCAAGAAACUUUCAGAGAAGGUAUGUUGGUAGAGGUCAAAAGUGAUGAAGAUGGUUACCAUAGAUCCUGGUACGGAGCCACUAUUAUCAGAUUGUUAGGAAUGGAUAAGUUCCUGGUAGAAUAUGACAGUCUGAAAACUAAUGAUGAGAACCAGCCUUUAAGAGAAGAAGUGUCUGCUACUGAUGUUAGACCUUUGCCUCCUUGUAAUCUGCACCAUGGUCAUUAUAAGCGUCUUGAGGAAGUAGAUGUGUGGUGUGCUGGUGGGUGGUGGAUAGGUGAAAUCUACAAAGUUCUGAACAGAAAGAAGUACAUUGUUCAAUUUGCUUUUACAGGUAAUAAACGAGAAGUUGAUCAUUCGAGUUUGAGAUCUCACCAAGAUUGGAUUCACGGAAAAUGGAUAACCUCCAAGCAUAGGUCAUCUGACUCAAACUUGAGAAAUUCAUCAUCUGAAAGGAAAUACAAUUCAAGUGAAGGUGGUAGAAGUUUUGGCAAGGGUGAAGUGGUUGAAGUUAGAAGCGAUGAGCCAGGCUAUGAAGGAUCUUGGUAUUCUGCAGUUGUUGUUAGUUCAACAAGAAAGGGCAGAUUUUUGGUAAAGUAUCUGACACUCAAAUCAGAGGAUGGAAGAAAUUCUCUUAGAGAAGAGGUUGAUGCUCAAAAUAUUAGACCUUGUCCUCCCAAAAUAGAAGCAGAUGGCUGCUAUUUUCUACUUGAAAAAGUCGAUGCUUGGCAUAAUGAUGGGUGGUGGACAGGAGUGAUAUCUAAGCUUCUAGUUGACUCGAAAUACAUGGUGUACUUUGAGACAACCAAAGAGGAUUUGGAAUUUGAUCGUAUAAAUUUGAGGACUCAUCAGGAAUGGAUCAAUGGGAAAUGGAUCACUGCAAAUAAGGACACUGGUUUUUAACCUUGAAUUUAUUUUAAGAGCAGUAGAGCAGGCUGCAAAAUCUGCUCAGACUAACUAUCUCCAGCAUAUACUUAAUUUUGAUGAGUGUCAAUUUCUUCCAGCAAUUUUCUAGAAAUUUGGUCAGUCUGAUAUUGUUGUCACUAAACAAUUCUGUGUCCACUCACCUAAAUUCUUGAGCGUGGCGCCAGGGUAUCCAGAUUUCUCUAGUUUUGUGGUUGUAAAUCCUGUUUUACCCAUUUUCAUGCAACUCUUGUACAAUUCAGCAUGAACUUUUGUAAAUAUCUGUUGGAACUGAUAUCCAUCCUCUCUUUUGUAGAA